UUCUUGUUCGGGCUGAAAUAAUAAAUUACGUUAUCACAUAUUUCAUACUUUAAUGAAGCUGUUUAAGGUUCCUUUACAUUCUUUUUGUUGUGGUAAAAUACUGGGGAAAGUACCGUUAGAUAACUCUGCGUCAGGGCGCUUGCAUCCACAUUUUGAAGUUAGUGAAAGUAAAAUACACUGGAAAUUGAUUUAUAUUUCAAGUGUAAUUUCUACAGGGGAAGUUAUGGUGAUAUUUCGUGUCGUAAAAUAUAAACAUAGGCAACAAAACUGUCUCAAAAACAGUGUUGUGUGUUGUUGAGGCCAUGGCAACUUAUUGUUGGUGGAUACAGAGAGUAAGUUAGCUCAAUUAGCCGUUAAUAGUGAAUACAGAUGGAAAAACAGGACAAGCAAACAACUUCAAAUGAGCGACUUCAGGCUUUAACUGAAGAAAAUCAGCUGCGAGAUAGAAAUGAACGCCUUUUCACCAAAGUGGGCUACCUGGAGGGCAGACUGGGCUACCUGGCCAGCUCCAACACAGAUCUGUCCUGCAGGCUGAUCCAAAGUGAGGAGGACAAACUCAAGAUAUCUAAGGAGCUUGUGGAGGAGAAAAUCCAGACAAACAAAAUGAGAGAGCAGUUUGAAGAGGAAAAGUUUGAUCUGAAAAACAAGCUAUUGAAUCAAGCCAGUGAAAUAACAGAGCUUGAGAUGGAGCGAGACAACCUAUCCAGGGCACUCCAGUCUGCUGAGGCUUGUCUAAAAGUGGGAGAGAAGAGUGGCCAAGACCUGACAGAGGAGUACACUGCCCUGAAGAAGAGUUACCGGGCUCUGGCUGACGCCCACGAUAAAGAGCAGGUCCAAAGUGAGAAGCUGAGUGCUGAGCUGCUGGCUCUGGCCCAGGCCCAGGACGCCCUCCGCAGGCAGCUCGAGGAGCAGCAGCAGAGUGUGGAGACCACCACCCAGGGGCUGCACAGUGAGCUGGACCGGGUGCGGGUCUUGAUCAGCAGCAUGUCACAUAACAAAGUCAAGGUGAGACACUUUGACAAGGAGCAAACAUCUAUGGAAAAAUCUCUUCUUGGAAACCAAGAUGAGAUCAAAGAAAUGCUGGAGAAAAUGAAAAACAGCUACGAGGAUCAACAGAAGAAACUGGAGGAGAAAGUGGUUGAAAUGGGUAAAGAGCAUCAGGAGGACAAGAAAGCGAUCCGUAACCAUCAGCAGGAACUGUCUGAGCAGAGUGCUGCCCUGAUGUGCUCUCAGAGCCAAGUAAAGGAGGCGGAAGAGGAAAACUCAAAGCUGCAGCUUCAAGUGAAAGAGCUAAAUGAGGAAUACCGCUCAAGACUUGUGUGCUACUUACAAGACUUAGCUGAGUAUAUCGACGGACUAGGAAAAGGUAAAAACCCACCAAAGGCUUCAAAGUUGAGGUCACACGUUGACAGCAUGCUCCAGGAUGUGCGUUCCUCUUACAGAGCGAGGGAGGAACAGCUGGCCUCCGCUGCUCGCUCCUAUAAGAAGAGACUUCAGAAGAUCACCAAGACCCAUCAUGCUCUCCUGAUUGCAUACAGGGUUCAGAGGGAGCAGAUCUUGGCCCAACCAGAAAGCAGUCUUGACCCCGGUCCUCCAGAAGCCCACUUCAGCCUGGAGCCCUCUGAGCUCAGAGAUGAAAUGGAGCAGGAGCUCCAGCAGCUCCGUCAGGACAAGGCGAGGCUGGAGGCUCAGCUGCAGACGGCCCGGGAACAGGUGGCUGCCCUCAAAAUGCCCGAUCAGAAUUCGAGCCAUCACCAAUUGGCAUGCAAGGAAUCCUGGUCGGACUUAAGGAAGCAGCUGAAGGAGAUCUCAGACUCUAUGCUGGUAAGCUUUGAAAAGGAACGCGCUCUUCUCAUCACCAGGGUUACAGUUGCUGUGGCGCAGGUGUCAGAGUUGCAGGACUAUAUUGACAAUCACCUGGGCAGGUAUAAGGGAGAAAUCUCACAGCUCUGCAGACUGCACGACAUACAGGAGGCCGGGCGUUCCCAGAGUGCUAAUACAACUCUUCACUAAGAAAACUGGACACACAAUCUGAAAAUAUUUUGACAUAUAACCAAAAGUUACUUCUCUUUGAAGUUGAACCUCAUGCAGAACUUGAUAAACGUACAUCUUAAGGGAAAUCAUACACAAACCAGUGAUUUAUAAUCUGGUUUUCUUCAAAUCAAAACACUUUUAAUCCUUUUUUCCGAGGAUGUAAUUAAUCAAGCUAACAGAAUCCCGUGUUUGGACCAGAGAGAGCAUGUAUGGUGUGUGUGUGUUGACACCAUCACUAGGGGGAGCUGCUCAUUCUGGUGCUUUUUUUCUCUAUGAAAGGCCUCCAAAGAAAUCCGGCCUUGAGAAAAAAAUGCGUGGAAUGUUUGUAAAGCUUAUGUCAAUUUCACGAGCUCGGGAGAAGAAAGCGCGGUGACAAUGAGGGGUCACCCUGGUGAGAAUAAUGUCAUUACAUGUUACCCAGACACAUACACGCCUGUGAAUACUUUCCCUUCAAUGCCGCGCUGAGAACUAUGGAGCAAACAAGACGGGCUUUUUCCAGAAUGAGGGUUCAUAUUUAUAACCUCGGUGUGA